AGGAGAAUCUCCAUUUUGUAUUGUUUAUUCAACUAUUCUCGGAAUUCCAAUAAAACCGCCACAUUUUCACGUAUUGACUUCUAUCAGAUCUGACGCAAUAAUUUACUCCAAGACGCGCACAAAGUUUUUCCUUUGAAGCUUAAAGGCCUUAAAGGUUUGUCUUUCCUUUUGAAAAAGUUCAGUGCACAAAGGAAAAGCCAAAAGAUGCUAAAUUUUAAUAUGAUGGACUUGUUUGAGCGGAUUGACGGGCGUGUAGCUCAUGAAGUCGCAAGAGAAUAUGCUGCACCUAAAAGCCGUUUGAUGAAACGUGGCUUUCCGUGUACUACGCGAUCUGGGAAGAACCCAAAAAAGGGUUUUGAGGGUUGUGCUAGAACCCUCCCACGGAUGAAUUAUGUUCCAACGAGGAAGGACAUCUACGCCCUUGACUGUGAGAUGUGCAUCACUACGGCGGGGAAAGAACUCACCCGGAUCACUGUUGUCAACAUAAAUGAGGAGGUCGUGAUGGAUCAUCUUGUGAAGCCUAAAAAUCGCAUAAUUAACUUUAACACCAAGUAUUCUGGGAUAACAAAAAAGAUGAUGGCCACUGCUACAGAAAAUCUAGCUUCCGUCCAAGCCAAAGUUCUUGCAUUGUUCCACUCUGAAACAAUUAUUGUUGGACAUGGGCUUGUUAAUGACAUGCGGUCACUAAAGCUUAUUCAUGGAGUAUUCUUUGACACCGAAUUCAUCUACACUGCCCCAACGGGCCCCAGAUCGCUGAAGGACAUCUGCAAGGCCAAACUGAAGAAGGAUAUUCAAGUAAAUGAAGGUGGGCACGAUAGUGUUGAGGAUGCUGUAACAGCAAUGAAGUUGUUCAAGUACUUCAUGAGCAGGGCAAAGCGCCGUAGGCGAAUAAUGGAGGAAAUCUUGUAAAACAAUUACUUCGUUAACUAUCCUUCAAGAAGAGAAGUAAGGAUUGCAUUUAAAACAUUCUUUAAUUAUUCUUUAGUUACUAAACUAUUCUGAGUCUAUGAAAUAAUUAACUGUAUCAGAAAUAAAAUUUAAAAUGAAAUAUAAAAAAAAUCCUAUUUAUGCCACAUGCUCCCCUAUUUCAUUGAAUAACUUAAAAAAUCCUUUGAAUUGCACUUCAAAAUUGUAUUUUGCACCACACUCAACAUACUUACAUAAGCUUACUCCCCAAAAAGGGAUGUUGUGAUAAAAUGGAAUGCAAGAGACGUCGAGGAUGAAGACAAAUUCAAAGUGUCGUGAAUUUGCUCUUCAAACUUGAAUGCAAUUUCACAUCAAAUCGAUUUAGUGUCACGAAUAAUGUUGGAAAUUGCAUGUGAGAAGUUUAAAGUGAUGACUUUCACCUUUCUCCUCCCCUUUCCAUUAUAUUCCUCUUCUGCAUGAAAGAUUGUCCUCCCUCAGGAACCACCCAAUUUAACAGGGGAGGGAUGAUUUUUUUUGUGUGGAGCGUCUGUAAAGGGCUGAAAAAAAAUGGAAUCAUGUCUAUGAGAUAUGACACACUUCCGGGGAUUUUUUUUAACAUUCAAACGUAUCCUCUUGAAAGUCAAUCGAUGGUCCUCUUGGGGAUGGAGAAUUUUUGACCUAUAGUUUUGGGGGUGUGAAAAAAACUCACCCCGUGACGCAAUUUAUUAUCUCACUCAUGCGGAGUUUUUGAUAUUGCGCACCCCUCCAUCCGGGAAAUAAAUGGUUGGACAUUUCUGUUACCAAUCUGCCUCAAUAAAGCGAAAUUUAUCAAAGGCGGUUUCUGGCCAACAAAAUAUCGCAUGAAUGCCAUUUUCACCAACAAUUUGUUCAAUUUUGCUCUAAAAUUCACAUUUAUUUGUAAUAAUUCACGUAGAAAAUUUGUGGAAUGUGCUUUGGACGAAAUUAGCCUUUCUCUGUCUCUCUUUACCAACCACUCUUCAUCCUGUGAAGUAGAGCUUUCCUCGAGGUUGUUUUGUAUGAAUAUUUGCAAUGCUAAUUGCAAAGAAAUUGCAUAAUCCAGAGGGAAGUUUGCAAAAGGAAAUGUUCCUCUUUUUACCCCCUUAUUCCACACCAUAAUAUUUACUUGUUAGCCCAUUCCCUUUAUGCAAGGCACCAGUGUGGAAGCAAUAAAGUGAGGAAUUUAUGCUGCUCUUGCAUUCUAUGGUUACAUUGUCUCUGUGCCAUCAAGUUGCAGUUAAUUCGGUCUGUUAGGGUACAAAGUAGCAAUAUUGAUGAUUUAUUAUCGUGUGGGGUAAAUAAUUGAUAGUUAGAGCUAGCUAGUCUAAAGUUAACUACUCUAACGUGCCAAUGAGAGGGGAUUUUUGGUUUAAUUAUGUAUUUAAUAAAAAAAAUUAAUUUUAA